AUGAAACAACGAGCCGAGGUUGAAUCAAAACAGCAUCUCCUCAAGACAUUGCGCAGUCACUUCAUUUUCUCGGAGGACGAGGUUGCCUCGCUGACUUCCACCGCAGAGCCCGUUGAUGAUGGCUUUUUUGCUGCCCUGCACAAGGCGAAACGGGUGAGCAAGGAUUGCGAAAUUUUACUUGGAUUCGAAAAUCAAACCUUGGGACUGGAGAUUAUGGAGCAGACGUCCAAAAAUCUCAACCUAGCUUUUCACAAGCUGUACAAAUGGGUACAACGCGAGUUCAAGACAUUGAACCUCGAAAACCCUCAGAUGAACUCAUCUAUCCGCCGUUCCAUCAGAAUCUUAGCCGAGCGACCCUCCCUCUUCCAAAACUGUCUCGACUUCUUUGCCGAAGCUAGGGAACGCAUUUUGUCUGAUGCCUUCCAUCUCGCUUUGACUGGCACCACGACUUCGGGAGCGGAAGACCACUCGAUCAAACCCAUCGAAAUGGCCGCCCAUGACCCGCUUCGGUAUGUGGGCGACAUGCUUGCUUGGAUACACUCGGCUACCGUAAGCGAGAGGGAGGCGCUCGAAAGCCUCUUCGUAUCAGAAGGCGACGAGAUUGCCAAAGGACUCCAGUCGGGUCGAGCCAACGAGCUCUGGCAGCUUCUCGACGAAGGGGAGGGCGAGACGGCGCAACCCUUUGAUGCCCUCAAGGCGCUCAACGACCUUGUGGACCGAGAUGUUUCUGGGGCCACGAGAAUUCUGCGGCAAAGAGUCGAGCAAGUCAUUCAGUCCAACGAGGAAACCAUUCUCGCCUACAAGCUUGCAAAUAUUCUUGGUUUCUAUCGGUUUACAUUUGCUAAACUGUUGGGCGGCGAAUCUGGGCUGUUCGACCUCAUGUCUGGGCUCGAGACAAAUGCAUUAAGGCAAUUCCGGUCACUUAUGAGAGACCACAUAGCCACGCUGCAGGGCGAGUUCCAGCAAACGCCUUCGGACCUCGUGCCUCCAGACUUUUUGCUCGAGGCACUGAAGCAGUUGACUGCGGUUAUGAAGACGUACGAGAUCUCGCUGGCAACAUCCUCGGAUCGCGAGAGUGACUUCCAGCCCAUCCUUGCCGAGGCAUUUGAGCCCUUCCUGGCGGGUUGCGAGAACAUGGCAAAGGGCGUGAGACGACCGGCAGACGCCAUCUUUAUGACGAACUGUCUUCUUGCGGCCAAACAUACGUUGGAGCCCUUCGACUUUACGCAAAGAAGAAGAGAGGCACUGCAGGAUAGGGUGGCAGAAGAAUGCAAAAAGCUCACGGAAGAGCAAUAUCAAUUCUUGCGUCAAGGGUCUGGACUUGGGCAGAUGCUCGAUUCGCUAGGCAAACUUACAACAGAAGACAACGACCUGAAGAAGGUAGCACUGCUCGCGGAUUUGCAACCCCAAGCGUUGAGUCGAGCAAGCCAGACACUUGACGAUUUCCUGCCGUCAGCGCUCAUGGACGCUAUGGAGAACGUCAAACACCUGCAAGACUCAACUCUGGCGCGAGAACUCACGGAAAAGGCUGCCAGGAAGUUUUGUGACGAGUUUGAACACGUUGAGGAGAUGUUGCUAUUGGCGGAUGAUUUGUCUGCCGCUGAUGGAAACGCAGACGCCGACGCCGAUGAAUCUCAAUCGCUUCGUGCCCUAUUUCCAAGGACCACAGGGGAAAUUCGGGUUCUCUUGUCGUGA